AUGACCGCGCGAGGCGCUGCCGGGCGCUGCCCUCCCACGACAUGGCUGGGCUCCUGGCUGCUGUUGGCCUGUCUCCUGGUGAGUUGGAGCGCUGCCGAGAAGAUGCCCUCGAAACACUGUAGCCAUAUAAUCACCAACAGCCACCUGAUGAUCCUUCAGAGCCUGAUUGACAGUCAGAUGCAGACCUCAUGCCAAAUUGCCUUUGAGUUUGUAGACCAGGACCAGUUGAAUGAUCCUGUGUGCUACCUUAAGAAGGCAUUUCUCCUGGUGCAAGACAUAAUGGAGGACACCUUGCGUUUCAAAGACAACACCCCCAAUGCCAAUUUCAUCUUGAAGCUCCAGGAACUUUCUUUGCAGUUGAAGAGCUGCUUCACCAAGGAUCAUGAAGAGCAUGACAAGGCCUGUGUCCGAACUUUUUAUGAGACACCCCUCCAGUUGCUGGAGAAGAUCAAGAAUGUCUUCAAUGAAACAAGGAAUCUCCUUAAUGAAAACUGGAAUGUGUUCUCCAAGAACUGCAGCGAGAGCUUUGCUAAAUGCUCCAGCCAAGAUGUGGUGACCAAGCCUGAUUGCAACUGCCUAUACCCCAAAGCCACCCCUAGCAGUGACCUGGCCUCUGCCUCCCCUCACCAGCCCCUCGCCCCCUCCACAGUCCCUAGGGCUGGCUUGAGCUGGGCAGAUUCUGAGGGAACAGAGGGCAGCUCUCUGUUGCCCAGUGAGCAGCCCCUGAAUGCAGUGGACACAGGCAGUGCCAAGCAGCGACCACCCAGGAGUACCUGCCAGAGUUUUGAGUUGCCAGAGACACCAAACGUCGAGGGCAACCCCGCCGCCGGUUCACCUCAGCCCCACCUCUCUGUUGGGGCCCCCAUCCCUGGGAUGGAGGAUGUUCUUGACUCUGUGUUGGACAAUAACUGGGCACUAGAAGAAGCGUCUGGAGAGGCUAGUGAGGGUCCUGUACCUCAAGGAGCUGAACUUUCACCCUCCGGGCCAGAAGGGGGCAAUGUCCAAGCAGAGACCACUGAGCACACUGACUUCCCGGCAUCUUCUCCACUUGCCAGAUCAGCAGAGGCCCCUGAGCUGGCAGACGCAACUGGCAUGCCCUUGCCCAGUGCAGUCACUGUCCAGCCUACGGGCCAGGCCUGGAGUCACACACCCGAGGAGAUGGAUCAGCCACUGGCCCUGCCCAAAGACCAUCAGAAGCCAGGUUCUCCAAGGACUCUAUCUCUGCGCACACAAGGCCUCAGCAGUCCUUCCACCCUCUCUGUUCAGUCAAGCCUUCCCAGAAGCCAUGCAAGGGGCAACGUGCUGCCCCCUGUGGUGCAGGGGGGCAAAAGGAGCACCAGGGAUCGGAGAAGCCCCGCAGAGCUGGAAGGAGGACGAGGAGCAAGUGAGGGGGCAGCCAGGCCCCAGGCCCGUUUUAACACCGUUCCUUUGACUGACACAGGCCAUGAAAGGCAACAUGUGGGACUCUCCGAUCCCCAGCUCCCUGGAUUUGUCUUCCAUCUGCUGGUGCCCAGCAUCAUCCUGGUCUUGCUGGCUGUUGGGGGCCUCCUGUUCUACAGGCGGAGGUGGCGGAGCCAUCGAGAACCUCAGACAGUGGAUUCUCCCAUGGAACAAUCAGAGGGCAGCCCCCUGACCCAGGAUGAGGACAGACAGGUGGAACUGCCAGUAUAG